AUGGCUCAGAGGAGGGCUGCUGCUGCUGCUGCUGGCGGCUGCUGCUGCCCGAGGGCGCCCAUGAAUGAAGACAACGCCCGUUUCUGCCUGCUGGCCGGGCUCAUCCUGCUCUACUUGCUGUGCGGAGCGGCCAUCUUCUCAACCCUGGAGCAUCCCUUUGAGCUGCGUGCCCGCCGCCUCUGGAAGCAGCAGCUGGACAACUUCACCCAGAGGUACAGGGUCAACCUGGGCGCCCUCCACACUCUGCUGCGGCAGUAUGAGGAGGCGAACGGAGCUGGGAUCAGAGUGGACACGUUGAGGCCCCGCUGGGACUUUUCUGGAGCGUUCUACUUUGUAGGCACCGUUGUCUCCACUAUUGGCUUUGGCAUGACCACACCAGCGACAAUAUCUGGAAAAAUAUUCUUGAUCUUCUACGGUCUCAUUGGCUGUGCUGCAACCAUCCUCUUUUUCAACCUCUUUCUGGAGAGGAUCAUCACGAUGUUAGCUUACAUCAUGCGCUGGUGUCACGAGCGCCGACUGAGGUGUGGGGGUGUCGGGGAGAUGUCGAGCAGGGAGGAGAUGUCAGGUGAGGAGGACAGCCUGGAGGGCUGGAAACCAUCAGUCUACUAUGUUAUGCUAAUCCUGGGAAUAGCAUCAAUUGUGAUUGCAUGCAGUGCUUCCACCUUGUACUGUUCCAUGGAGAACUGGAGCUACGUGGACUCCCUUUACUUCUGCUUCGUAGCCUUCAGCACCAUCGGCUUCGGGGACAUGGUGAGCAGCCAGAGACAGCAGUAUGAGUCUCAGGAAGCCUACCGCCUGGGGAAUUGCCUUUUCAUCCUAAUGGGAGUAUGUUGUAUCUACUCACUUUUCAAUGUCAUUUCUAUUGUCAUCAAGCAAACUCUCAAUUGGAUUCUGGGUAAACUGGUAUGCUGUGGGCAGCAUCAGUCUUGUUCUUGCUUUGCACCUGGAUGCUGGGGCCUCUGCUGCCCCUGCCUCCAAACAAAAAAUCGAAACCAGAGGUCCCUGGCAGCACACAAACCCAGGCGUAAACACUUGAAACGUAACACUGUGCAGCCCAUCUCAUCCCACUGUCCUGCAGGAAGACACCGAUACAGGGAUGGCUCGGAGGAGACGGUGUUUGAAAGUGAGACGGAUGCAGGCCCGGUGGCUGUCGGGCGUCGUCUGUCGGGAGAGAUGAUCUCAGUCAAUGAGUUCAUGGUGUCUAAUAAGGUGUCUCUGGCUCUGCUGCAGAAGCAGCUGAGUGAAACGGCUCACCAGGGCCCGCGGCAGAGCUCCAGCCAUCAGAAUGGAUUCUCGGGGGGUGUGGGGGCCUUGGCCAUCAUGAAUAAUCGCCUCCAAGAAACCAGUGUGGAUAGGUAG